AUGUUUCGAGUCGCUGUGCGCAAAGAGCAUGGCACUCAGCGAUGGUGGCUUCGCGCAUUUGUUCCUGGUUCUGUCGUGGAACCUUAUGUGUCGCUCGAAAUCAACAGCGACAGUCCGGAUCGCUUUGGAAAGUCACUUGCUGCGUUGGUUUGCGGGGGCAGCUCGAAAGCAAAGAAGGACAUUGGGACUCACUCCAUUCGGAAGGGUGCUGCUACGUUUGUGUCAUCGGGCAGCACCGGGGGUCCGUCAAUUAUCAGUGUGUGCCUUCGGUGUGGCUGGUCCCUCGGAAAUGUCAUGGAGAGGUACUUUCGGUAUGAGGCAGCUGGUGACCAGUUCACUGGUCGAUGUGUGGCUGGACUACCACUGAACAGCGCUGACUUUGCUGUCCUGCCUCCACAUUUUUCGGGUGGUAACGACUUAGUGGUUGGCCAGGCUGUCCAGAUUAUGUUUCUGUCCAUUUGCUCCGAAAUCCACCUGGUUCCAAUUUUACAGCUCAUUUUGGCGAGUUUGGUGUAUCACCGAAAUUUUUUGAUUGGGUCCUUGCCUCCUCACCAUGCCCUGCUGUCCACAUCGCUGUUUACGAACCCAGACCUGUUUGCCAGUCUUACUACUAUUGUGAUAUCGGGCUCAACAUCGUCAUGCUUGCGUGCCAACGGAAUCCCUCCUUAUGUUGAAAUGUACAGGAAAUUGGAAAAAAACGAGGUGAUUUUGACAUCCAUGCCUGCCAAGAUUUUGGACGGCGUGCGGAGAAUUGUCGAAGACAAUGGUGUGACAGCUGGCAACAUUACACGAUCGGUUCUAGAGUCGUCUAUUGCCAGUGCCUUGUCGUUCAUCCAACAGUCAAAUAGCGCCAUGUCCCCCGCACAACAAUUGCCAAUUGAUUCGCAGCCUCUGAUUGAUACCCAAGAUUUGACCACCCGAGCUGCGAGAAACAUGUUUUACGAGUGGAAAUUUGUCCUGGAGAAACUAACAGACCAUUUUGUGUCAGUAUCAGGUCGGAACAUGGCCCUCAACCCCUCGGAGCAAGAGGUCUCCACGUCGUUCGACACGGCGCGAGGCCUUUUCGACCAACUCUGCGGUGAAACAUCAGCGAAACGUGUGCGGCGUGACGGGCAGCUCAAGAUCACGACGCUUGUCCGUCUUCUCCGCCAACUCGAGCCUUCCAAGACGCCUCGAGUCUUCAAGAAGCGCAAACGCUCGGAGCAGCGAGCAGGCAGCCAGUCGACGACCAUGCUCUGA